AUGAUCCAAUUUAUCAUUCUGCUCCUAAUUCCAGCUUCACCCAUAGCAGCAGACGACGGAGUUUUCGAUAUCAGAUUUCCCAAUGUAAUUGUGGCUGCUCAGAGUAACGGUAACAUUUCGUUACAGUCGGGAGAUGCGACCCGCGAUCUGUACAUUCUACCCGGAUCGACUGAUGGAAUGGUCUAUUUUGAGGGCGAGGACCUGCUCAGCAUCCUAGAGAUUGCGAAAAGUCUCCCUCCAGUAUGGUCAAAUCAUGCUCAUAACGGAUUCUUUGGUACCUUUAAAGGCGAUGAAAAUGUUGACAUCAAGUUGGAAGCGGAGGAUCCGGAAGGAGAGCAUAUCACAUUUGAGAUUGUGGCCGGGGCUCUUCCGCCGGGUAUCACCCUUGAUGUCACUUCCGGGCAUGUGAAAGGCGUCAUUCCUGACGUGACAGGAAGUUACUCAUUCACUAUCCGGGCACAAGACACACAUGGGAAAUAUGCAGAUUCUGUGUUUAAGAUGGAAACUUUAGAGUUUGACCACUGCUCCUCCAGCCCGUGUCUACAUAAUGGACAGUGUACAGACACGACGGGAGGGUUUACCUGUAACUGUACAACUGACUACGGCGGUCAGAAGUGUGAAACAGCGUGCAGAAGCAAAGUUAUAAAUAUACGCAGUCCAAGUGUGAUCCCGGACGCCCAGAUGACCGCCUUUCGUUCCUACAGUAGCUAUCUUGCCUCCAAUGGUCGAUAUGGGGCUAGUGGCUAUGGGUGGUGUGGUACGAGUACAGAUUCUUGGCUACAAGUCGAUCUGGGUCAUGUGACUAAGAUCUACAGGGUUGAGACACAAGGUUACUCCUCACACCAGUACACCAAGACCUACAGUAUGUCGUAUAGCACUGACGGAAACACGUUCUAUAAGGUUGACCCUGUCAACGGAGCAGGAAGCAUCUUCUCCGCGAGCUACUCAACCUCAUCUACAGUUCACACGCUAAACGUGCCAGUGAACGCAAGAUUUGUCCGGUUCCAUCCAAACACAUUCGUCGUCCGGCCCUGUUUCAAAGUGGAGCUGAUUGGGUGUAGAGUACUCAGUUUGAAUUAAAAC